CGCUUGGUGGGAUUCCUGGAACCUAAUUGGCGGGCCGUGGCCUCGCGCGCCUUCCCAUUGGCUGAGCCCGUGUAUUAAGGAGGAGGGUCGCCCAACGCCUGCAGAUCCCGGGACGAGCGGAGCAAACGGUCGUUAACGAGCUGCGCACGCGGAGGUUUUCCUAGACAGCACCGAGUUUAAGGAUGACGAGUAAGAUGCGCUGCGUCCGGUCGCUGAUGAAGGCUGCGGCGCUGGCCAACGUGCCGCGACACAUAGAGCACUUCUCCAAGUUCUCCCCGUCUCCGCUGUCCAUGAAGCAGUUCCUGGACUUCGGUUCUACCAACGCCUGUGAGCGCACAUCGUUCGUGUUCCUGCGCCAGGAGCUUCCCGUUCGUUUGUCCAACAUCAUGAAAGAAAUCAACCUGUUGCCGGACAAGCUGCUGGCCACGCCGUCCGUCCAGCUGGUGCAGACCUGGUACAUUCAGAGUUUGAUGGAAAUCCUGGAGUUUCUGGACAAGAACCCAGAUGAACAACGAGUCCUUGAGACGUUUGUGGAGGUCCUGGAGGCCAUAAGGAACCGGCACAAUGAGGUGGUGCCCACCAUGGCUCAGGGGGUCAUCGAGUACAAAGAGGCCUUUACCCAGCAGGACCCCGUGACCAACCACAACAUCCAGUACUUCCUGGACCGCUUCUACACCAGUCGCAUCUCCAUCCGCAUGCUCAUCAACCAGCACACUCUAGUGUUCAACGGCAGCACCAACCCAGCUCACCCCAACACCAUUGGCUGCAUUGACUCCAAGUGUGACGUGACCGAGGUGGCACGAGAUGCAUAUGAGAGUGCCAAGUUGCUGUGUGAGCAGUAUUACCUGGGAGCACCAGAGCUGGAGCUCAGGCAGAUAAACGCCAACAGCAUCAGGGAACCCAUCUACAUCUCCUACAUCCCGUCUCAUCUGUACCACAUGCUUUUUGAGUUGUUCAAGAACUCCAUGAGAGCCACAAUAGAGAACCACGAGGCAAGCAGGGCCCUCCCACCCAUCAAAGUCAUGAUCGCCCUCGGAGGGGAGGACCUGUCCAUUAAGAUGAGUGACAGAGGAGGUGGGGUUCCCUUCCGGAAGAUAGAGCGUCUCUUCAGCUACAUGUACUCCACCGCUCCCCGACCCUCAGCAGACGACAAGCACAGAGCUCCAUUGGCUGGGUUUGGCUACGGUCUGCCCAUCACUCGUCUCUACGCUCGCUACUUCCAGGGAGACUUACAGCUCCACUCUAUGGAGGGCUACGGCACUGAUGCUGUCAUCCACCUGAAGGUGCUGUCCACAGACUCUGUGGAGAGGCUGCCAGUGUUUAACAAGAGCGCGCUGCGUCACUACAAGCUGACACUGGAGGCAGAUGACUGGUGCAUUCCUUCCAAAGAGCCGCUGGAUCUCGCUGUCCACCGAACUGGCAAGUGAUGAGACCUGGCAACGUCUGACACAAAGAAGCUCAAAGCUCAACUGUGCUUGUUCGGAAGGACACAAUGGGAACCUGUGGUGGUGACCGAAGUCCAGAUGAGGGAAGAGAUGGCCCAGUUCCAGUUCCAGUGUCCUUACGCUCCCACAGUUCCCUUCAUUACAGCCUGAACCUUCUUCCAUUUCUUUGCGAGCGAGAGGAACAACACUGACAUUGAGAGAAGGCGGCUGCAGAAAAUGCAGGGGUGAAUCCAGAUCCAGAUGGAGAGAAUCAAACAGAUGGAUGAAUGAUGACAAAAUAAAUGGGACAAAACCAGCUUCCACCAGAUCAAACGUGUUACUGUAGCUGCACAGCUUUGACCCACACUAUGCUGAUAAUGAGCUCGUCUCCAGUCACCGUGAACCUUCAGCAGUUUAGGCAGACAUGGGUGCUGCAGUUAAAGGCCAAAUCACCAGCAGAUGAAGUGUCACUCUUCUUUUUCAAACUUGCUUUUGUUUGUUUUCUAGCAGUGGCCAAAUGAGUGUGUCGCCUUCUAUCGUCUAAAGCUGAACAUGGAGCUUCCUUCUGCCUUGACAUGAUUCCAUCACUGACCUUUUAAAACGUUGUUGGUGCUAUUCAGUUGUUUUAUAAACCUGUUGCCAUGUUUUCCUCAGGUACCAGGCGUCGAAGUGUGAAUCUGUCAAAUUAAGUAUUGUUAAAUACUUAAUAGGGUGGCUUUGGUUUGUUUUGCAGAUAUUCCUGUACACUGUUUUGAACAUUCAUUCUGAUUCCUUGUACUGGUCGAAUGUCAAGCUAGUGGUUCUGUAGUGAUGGUAAAUUGAAGCUUCAUGAAACUCCGGUGCCUUCAGCUAAAUGGAGGCUUCACAAACUCUGCUGGUCAAAGAGGGUUGAUUUUUAUUUGUAAUACACUAAAGCCUGUGCUGUAACAAAGCAGCCAUAUGAAUGUCAAAUAAAGAAAUUACUUCAUCUUAAUAAAA